UUUAGGGUGAAACUACAAACGGAUGUUUACCAAAUUAUACACCUUUUAUGAAUCAUUCAGGCCAUUAUUGAAGACAGGAAAAGAGUAUCAAUAUAUGAACAUAGUAAUGCAAAAUCUGACACAAUAGAUAAACAUGAAGUUGGUAUAUUUCAUUUUGAGUCUAUUGUUGGGCAUUCCUGCGAAAGGUGGAAAAGAUUCUUGUUUAGGUAGGUGUGAACAAGGUUUUAACGAUAGCUUCCCUUGUCAGUGUACAUCAACUUGCAAGAUGCACAGAGACUGUUGUGAGGAUUAUGACGAUUCUUGUCCAAAAGAACUUUGUGUCGAUAGUUGUGGACAACCGUUUGACAAAAGACAUCGCUGUCAAUGUAACACAGACUGUCAAAUGUACAAUAACUGUUGUGAUGACUAUGAUGCUUUCUGUGUACUAGGAGUGAACGAAUUAAGCACUACCAAUUAUAUAACCUCGGAUACAACUUCCAACACUUCAGUUAACGAAGUAAGCACUGCAAAUUAUAUUAGCUCUGAAACCACUUUCAUCAAUUCAGAAAUAAUAGUUGCUAUUGUUCUAUCAAUAACUGUGGUUAUACUCAUAUUAGUUGUGGUACUUUCAGUAAUGUUCAGGAGGAAAUUUACAAAAGAAAAAUGUCCAUCGAGUACAGUUGGCAUGGGCGAUCGUAAAACAAAUGAAACCGACAAUUGUACAGAUAAGUUGGAAUACGAACAGCUAGAUAUUGUUAGGAAAGAUAAAAGCACGAACGCUUAUGACGAAUUACAUGUUACACACGAAGAUGACAAGAACCUGACUAACACACAUGUCAUGAUGACUUCAAGAGAAGAUGAUAGCAAAUAUAAAGCAAUUAAAGAAACAACACAAAUGUAUUACAAUGCAGUUUCUUCGGAAUAUGAGCAAUUAGAAAAUUUUGAUAAAGAUAAAUGCGCGAACGUGUAUGAUCAAUUGCAUGUUACAAACACACACUAGACCCUGGCCCGAAUAUGAGCAAAAUAAAACAAUUAUUUUAGGGAAAGAACAUAGUGAUAUUUGAUUUAUGAUAAAUAGUAAUGUUAUAAUGAUGAACUGUGUUCCACCUCAUCGUAAGCCUUUAAAUUGACAUACAGUUUAAAAAUAAAUAUUGCUGAUAUAUUUGAUACUAAAAUCUGCAAAAUGCAAACUGAGGCCAAAAUGCAAUGACAGUUAAUAGCUAAAGUAAAGGAAUGCCGUUAUUGUGCGAUACUUUGCUUUUUUUAUUAUGAUUCAAUUUAUUGUAUA